AUGCACAAGGAAAGCUCAGUGAAUCUCUCCAGCGUGCCCGAUUACGCUUGCCCCAACUGUGCUGCCGCCGCCGCUGCACGACAUGCCCACCCAAGACCCUCAAUGGAGGCCAUGCAGGCAUACUCAAGCUCAAAAGCAUUGCCACCUUUGGCACACGACCACCGCAUGCCAGAUAUGAGCCACGACCAUUCCCGUCCCGGGACUGGCUACUCGAAUAACUCUGUCUUGCAGCCCAUGCAGUCUCAGCCAUAUCGUCAACAACCUCCCCACCAAAACCACGACCCUGGUUUCUCCUCAAGGCCCGUUAGCUGGGGUAGACGCGCAACAACUGAGAAUGUUGGUCAAGACGUGCCCUCCGGCUACUCUCGACCCGUCACACCUCCAUACAGCGUCACCUCUGAGCAAACCGGCUGGAACUCUGGUCAACAGUAUAACAAUAUCCCUGGACCACCAUCCCUGGACGGCCGCUCAAACAAUCGACCAGUGAGCUGGAGACGAGCGACCGAUCAGAGAGGGCCAGGCUACUACCCAGACACUGCGGGUAGCAGCAGAGCACCUUCAGAAGCUGGGUCAAAUCAUCCACGCAACCAGUCCAAAAACAUGGAGUCGUCUKCUUAUGAAGCUGGCUUCAGAGAUGCUAUUGCGAGGUUGAGGGCUGAUGCCGAAAGAUGGUAA